GGUACUGGUUUAUCUUGCCUCCCUUCUCCUCCACAAAGCCAUCAGCUUUCUCCGACGGCGGAAUUGGCGGUGAAGAUGGAAUUGCAGAUUUCAAGAACCGAAUCUGACUCGCAGCCCAUGCAAGAAGAUUCUCUAGAAGAUGAUUUCGAUGAGAUCGGGCUUAAGGAGAUUAUUGAUGGAGGCACAUUAGACUUUGAUGGGUGGACAUCACUGAUAUCUGAGAUUGAAACUUUGUUUCAGGAUGACAUAGAGAAAAUAUGUUUGGUUUAUGAUUCCUUCUUGUCUGAGUUUCCUUUGUGCUAUGGUUACUGGAGGAGGUAUGCAGAUCACUUGAAACGCUUGUCCACUGUAGACAAGGUUGUUCAAGUGUUUGAACGAGCAGUGCACUCGGCAACAUAUUCUGUUAAUGUGUGGGUUGACUAUUGUAUCUUCAGUAUUUUAGCUUUUGAAGACCCUAAUGACAUUCGUAGAUUAUUUAAAAGAGCCAUGUCCUUUGUUGGAAAGGAUUACUUAUGUCAUACAUUGUGGGACAAGUACAUUGCAUUUGAGUUUUCUCAGCAGCAGUGGGGUUCCCUAGCACAAGUUUACAUCCAAACUCUGAAAUUUCCAUCCAAAAAGUUGCAUCACUAUUAUGAGAGUUUCAAGGAGUUGGCUGCUGCCUGGAAAGAGGAGAUUGAGUGUCUGGGUGAUUCUUCUAUGGAUUUACAGUUAGUUGCCUCAAUAGAAAGUGAAGUCCCUAGAGAUUGUACAGAUGAUGAAAUUGCUCACAUCAUUGAGGACUUGUUGGAUCCCUCAAUCGGUUUGGAUGGAAGUAAAGCACUGCAAAAAUAUUUGUCCAUUGGAAAGCAGUUCUAUGAGGAAGCAUGUCAAUUGGAUGAGAAAAUAAAAUGCUUUGAGAGUCACAUUCGGAGGCCCUAUUUCCAUCCAAAACCACUUGAUGUCAGUCAAUUGGACAAUUGGCAUGAGUAUUUAAACUUUGUUGAAAUGCAUGGAGAUUUUGACUGGGCUGUUAAACUGUACGAGAGAUGUCUUAUUCCAUGCGCUAAUUAUCCUGAAUUCUGGAUGCGUUAUGUGGAUUUCAUGGAAAGUAAGGGUGGGCGAGAGAUCUCAAACUUUGCAUUGGCCAGAGCAACACAGACUUUUCUGAAGAGAUUGCCAGUGAUCCAUCUUUUCAGUGCUAGGUAUAAGGAGCAAAUAGGAAAUAUCUCUGGUGCAUAUGAUGCAUUUCUUCAAUACAAUGCAGAAUCAGAUUCGUGCUUUGUUGAAACUGUUAUAAUGAAAGCUAACAUGGAAAAGCGUUUGGGUAAUCAUUUAGCAGCUUCUGGUAUAUACAAAGAAGCCAUAGAAGUUUCUGCUGCAAGGGAAAACUUACAUGACCUCCCCAUGUUAUAUGUUCAUUUUUCUCGACUUCAAUAUAUGCUUACUGGAAACAGGGAUACUGCCAGAGACAUCUUAAUAGAUGGCAUCAAACGUCUGCCUCAUUGCAAAUUACUUCUAGAGGAACUGAUAAAAUUUGCUAUGUUACAUGGAGAAACUAGGCACGUACAGGUGAUAUAUUCUAUGGUAAAUGAUUCAAUAUCUCUAGGACCAGACUCAUCUCAAGGUUUAAAUGUGAAAGAUACAGAGGAUAUUGCAAGCUUAUAUUUACAGUAUGUUGAUCUCUGUGGAACCAUUGAUGACGUAAAGAAAGCAUGGAAUUGGUAUGUGAAAUUGUUUCCCAACUCUGUAAGAAGUGCUUUAUAUAAGUUCUCAGAUACAGGUAGAAAACCAUUGAGAAUAGUUAAUAGAAGAAGGCAGGAAAAUCUUGUCACUUUGCCUGAUCAGUCCUCCGGAGAUUGUAGUCCUGAUAUCCCAACCAACUUAGCAUUGCUGGACAAGAAACUGGAACACCCCGAAAAUGAUGACAUCCAGCCUCACUGUCCUGCCUUGGGUGAGGUAUCAGAUCAAAAGACAUCAUCCCUGGGAAAUCAUGAAACCCCGUCCAACCAACCUACAUUUAACCUGCUUCAAUCAGGAGAGGUUGAAGAAAGUUUGCAGAAUAAAGUGCAGUGUGUAUGUCCUGAGGUUUUAGAGCAGCCCCAGGAAGACACAACAGAUACAAAUAACUUGUCUCUUGAUUUAGUGCUUGAAGUCCCCAAGGAAGUUGAAGUCUCUAAGAAAAAAAUUGUUGAGGAAGAGCAUGAACUUAAGUUGGAAAACGAUCUUAAUCAGAACCAACUUUCAGUUGAGAGACUUUCUUUAGAUGAUGAGGAUAAUAAAUCCUUGGAUUCAAUCAAUGUUGCCACUCAUGAGUGUGAAACUUCUCAAGAAGCCAGUUUAUUGAAUGGAAGCACAAUGAAGAGUGAACCUCCUCAAGAAACCAGUAUGUCAAAUGGAAGCAUGGUAGAGCCUAGGCAGAAUACUGAGGGAGCUCAAUUUGAAGUCAGCCCAAGGGGUGCUCAAGCAUGUGAUUCUUCCGAAGUUCUUGUUGGAAUGGGUAGUCCAUCGUCAGCUAGUCAUCAAAUCUUAGCAAGAAAAGAGCCACUUUUACAGCAAGAGACAUCUCCACACAGUUGUAGCAACCGAAAUCAAAGAAAUAAUGUUGACCAAGUUCAUAGAGAAAGCAAAUAUGGGUUUCAUGGGCAUUCUCAUAAAAGGCUGCAUCAAAGGGGGCAGGUAUCUCCGCAGCAGCCUUACCCACAAGCUGAAGUUGCCAGUCAAAUGCCUGUAAGUCAGGGUUACCCCAGUCCAACCAUGUCUUUGAACAAUUCAUCACAACUUCACCAAGGAGGUCAUGCACAAAAUGUAUACACAGCUCCUUAUGGAAACCUAGCAGCAGCUCAAGCCUGGUUAAUGCAAAAUAUGCAGCAACAGAAUUUUGCCCUCACUCAUCCUCAAGCACAGAUGCCUAAACAUCUCAUGCAAAAUAAUGAGCAACUUGGGCAAAUGCAGAGUAACCAAGCAUAUAAUCAGAUGUGGCAAUAUUAUUACUACCAGCAGCAGCAGUUUCUUUUGCAACAACAAAAUCAACAGUCUCCACAACAGCAGCAGCUGCUAAUGCAACAGUAUUAUCUUCAGCCGCAACAACAACUACCCAACCAACAGGCACAGCUGCAACAACUUCAGCAGCAGCAGCAGCAGCAACCGUUUCUGCAACAACACCCAUACAAUCAGCAGCAGCAGCAAUUGCAACAACAGCAACAAUAUUUGCAGCAGCAGCAGCAACAAAAUCUCCUUUACCUGCAGCAGAACCAACUUCAGCUGCAGCACAUGCCACAGCAGCAGCAGCAACAACAACAGCAGCAGCUGCUGGUGAAGCAGCAGGAAGAAGAACAGGAAGAAAGAAAACCAGAAGAGCAGAUUGCAACAUUGUAGAUCCAGACAUGAACAGAAUCAAGCUAACAGGUGUGCCUCAAUGUCUAAUCUUUUAGGAGACAAGUUUAUUAGUUAAAAAUUUUCUACAGGAGUAAAGAAGAUAUUGUAUCUGAGUGGAAAUGAAUACAUGUUAUACAACUAGAUUUGGUAGCUCUGUGAAAGAAGUUAAGAACAUUCAAUCCAAGGCAUGUGAUUUGUUCUUAAAUUUUUCUGCAUGCUUCUUGUAUUCUCAUUGAUCACUUUAUAAUUCUACUAAAUCAACCCUUUUGAC